GCUAACCGGAGAGCUAAUGAACGACGUGAGAAAAUCGUCCAAAAGAGUUUAGAGUGGGUGCUUUCCGGCAAGCCCUGAAUUCAAUUUUCUGAGCUCCAAAUAUUUGGUGAGAAGAUGAGUGCCCGGAACAAGACACCUUUCCAAAAGCAUAGAGAAGAGGAAGAGGCAAAGAAAAAGAGGGCAGAGGAUGAAACAGCUCGUCUGUAUCAAGAGUUUGUGGAAUCGUUCCAAGCGGACAAUAUGCCAGGUUCCAAAGCAUUUAUUAGAGGGGGAAUCAUCAAUCCAAAUGAUAAAUUGAAGAUGGAUUAUGAAGAUGUAAAAUCUAAAGAUGAGGGGUCAGGUUUAAAGAAGGGAAGUAGGUAUGUGCCUUCUUUCUUACCACCUCCUAUGGCAACUAAGGGCAGAGAUCAUGAGAAGCAGAAGGAGGACAAGCCGAGGGAAAAAGAGAAGGGCAAGGCUAGGAACAUUGAUAAUUUCAUGGAGGAACUGAAACACGAACAAGAAAUGAGGGAAAGGCAUAACCAAGACCGUGAACAGUGGCGUGAUCGUCAUACUGAAAAUUCUGCUCAAUCUAGUCAGUUUGAUGAACUGCCCGAUGACUUUGAUCCUAGUGGAAGGCCUGGAUCAUUUGAUGAUGGAGACACACAAACGACGAAUUUCUAUGUAGGAAAUCUAUCACCUCAGGUUGAUGAGAAUUUUCUUUUGCACACAUUUGGGAGAUUUGGCCCCAUUGCAAGUGUAAAAAUAAUGUGGCCAAGGACAGAAGAAGAAAGAAGGCGGCAGAGGAAUUGUGGUUUUGUAUCUUUCAUGAAUAGUGCUGAUGCUCAGGCUGCAACAGAUGAGAUGGAAGGAGUUAUUGUUUAUGAAUACGAGUUGAAGAUUGGGUAGGGUAAAUCUGUCUCUUUGCCUUCUCAAGCACUCCCUGCUCCUCCUCCAGGACAUAUGUCUAUCAGGAGUACGGCGGGUGCAACUGUUAUCUUAUCUGGUCCAUCAGGUCCUCCAGUUACUACUGUUCCAGGCCAGAAUACUGAAUUGGU